UAUCUUUUACAGGACAUCGUCUCCGUGUUGGUGAUUUCGUGGAGCUGCUAUUCUGACCUAAUAAAGAUCAUUGUCUCCGUGUUGGUGAUUUCGUGGAGCUGCUAUUCUAAUCUAAUAAAGAUAUGUUGGAGGCAGCAGCUUCUGCAGCAGCAGUUGAGUUGUACAAAGAUGGGAGAGGGCUUGUAAGUUGCAUAAGUAGCCAAAUUAAUUAUGCGAAUAAUCUGGAAAGCAACUAUAACAGGUUAAUAAAGGAAACAGACAAGUUGUGUGCUAGGAGGGAUGAUAUGGUGGCUGAAGCAAACAAAGACAAGACAAAGGAGGUCACUAAAAAAUGCGAAUAUUGGAUUUCUAGGGUCAUACAGAUCAAAGAAGAGGUGCGAGAACUGGAAGCCAAGUACAAGAAAGAAAACAGGAAAGGAAAGAAAAUAUUAGGUCGGCGUUCAUGUUCAAAACUUAGCAAAAGCAUGGCAAAGAAGUGUGAAGAACUACACAAUCUUUGGUUAGAGGGAAACUUUGAGACAGGAGUACUAGUUGAGAAAUUGCCAGAGCCUGUGAGAACUAUGCAUGCACCCAAAACAGAAGACAAGUCAUCACUUCACUGGGCUAUCAAAGAAAUAUUGGAUCUUCUAAGAGAUAGGAAUAUAAGAAGGAUUGGACUUUGGGGAAUGCCUGGAAUCGGAAAAACAAACAUAAUGAAGAGCUUGAAUGAUAAUAAAGAUAUUGCUAAAAUGUUUGAUAUUGUCAUUUGUGUAAAGGUAUCAAAGAAUUGGAGCAUAAAAAUGUUGCAAGAUGUUAUUACACAAAGGCUAAAAUUGAAUGUGGAAGGCAUCACUAGCCCUGAUGAAAUUGCUUGGAGAAUAUCUAAGGAGUUGGAAUGCAAAAGAUAUCUGCUUCUUUUGGAUGAAGUUUGGGACAUUCUUGAUCUACAAGUAAUAGGAAUCCCUGAAAAUGAAAAAGAUAGCAAAGUGGUAUUGGCGACUAGAUAUCGUGACAUUUGCUUUGAUAUGGAAACUGAUGAGCAAAUUAAGUUGAGAUGUUUGUCUGAAGUUGAGGCAUAUAAAAUGUUCAAAGAAAAAGUGGGCCGAAAUAUGAAUCUUCCAGGUAUUGAACCAAUAGCCAAGUUAGUUGCUAGUGAAUGUGCUGGUUUGCCCCUCUUGAUAGACAGGGUAGCAAGAGCUUUCAGAAAGAAGGAUAACUUCGAGCUGUGGAGUGAUGGACUUAGGAGUUUGCGGAGAUGGCCCAGUAUUGAAGUACAAGGCAUGGAUGAGUCAAUUGAAUUCUUAAAGUUUUGUUAUGAAGAUUUAAAUUGUGAUGAUAGAAAGUUUUGCUUUCUGUACAGUGCACUAUAUCCUGAAGACUUUGAAAUAUAUAUAGAUUAUUUGUUGGAAUGUUGGAGAGCUGAAGGUUUUAUUCAUGACGCAAAUAAGUUUAGAGUUGCACGUGAAAAAGGGCAUACAAUACUGCAUGACCUUAUCAACGUGUCUUUGCUAGAGAGGAGUGACAGGAUGAAUUAUGUAAGGAUGAACAAAGUGCUGCGGAAUAUGGCCCUUCAAAUUUCUUCUGGAAGCAAUAAUUUUAAAGUUUUGGUCAGAACCCCUCAGGAGCAGCAACAACCCCCCAAUGAGGUAGAAUGGCAACAUGCAAAUCGAAUCUCUUUGAUGGAUAAUGAAUUGUGCCUUUUACCAGAAAUGCCAAAUUGCAAGAAUCUUUCAACAUUGUUACUACAGAGAAAUCGGGAUUUAACAUUAAUUCCUGAAUCAUUCUUUGGACUCAUGCAAAAUCUACGAGUCUUAGACUUGCAGGGCACUGGAAUUGCGUCAUUGCCAUCAUCUAUAUCUUGCUUCAUGUGUCUCAGAGCGCUCUAUCUAAAUGCUUGUGUCAAUUUGAUGAAACUCCCAUUUAAUAUUAAAGAGCUUAUGCAUCUUGAGGUACUUGACAUUCGAAAUACUGGGAUUAAUUAUUUGCCAAUUCAAAUUGGAUGUUUGACUCAGUUGAAGUGUUUACGUAUGUCAUUGUCAAAUUUUGGCAUGGGACAGUCAAGGGGUGUGGAGCUUCGUAGAAAUGUUUUGUCAAAACUUUCUUUAUUGGAAGAACUAAGAAUUGAUGUAGAUCCAAAUAAUCAAAGGUGGGAGGAGGUUGUAAAAGCCAUUAUUGAGGAGGUGGCUACCUUGACACAUUUGACUUCACUUUCGAUUUGUUUUCCUAGCAUGGACUGUCUUGAGUUUUUCAUCUCAACGAGUCCUUCAUGGAAGGAUCUCUACUUCACAUUCCAAUUUUCUGUUGGUCACCAUGACUCAACCAAAUAUCAAAUUCUUGACUAUUUUGAAUAUCAAAUCAGGAGGUGUUUGAAGUUUGUAAAUGGUGAAGGUGUACAUCCUGCAAUUUCAGAGGUUCUUGCAGAAUCUGAUGCAUUUGAAUUGAUCAGCCACAAGGGAGCUUCAAAACUAUCAGAUUUUGAUAUCAAGAGUAUCAACAGGAUGCGGGGUUGCUUGAUUGAAGGAUGCAAUGAAAUUGAAACUAUUGUUGAUGGUGAUAGUUUACACUUCAAUAGUUCACAAGAAAGUGCAUUGGAAUGCUUAGAAGUGAUGUACAUAAAUAAUGUCCCAAAAUUAGCAAGCAUUUGGGAAGGACCUGUUCAUGCUGGAAGCCUAGCUCGACUAAAAACUCUGACUUUAUGCAAAUGUCUGAGUUUAAAGAUGAUCUUCUCCAACGGCAUGAUUGCUCAACUCUCUGAACUUCAAAACUUAAAAGUUGAUGAGUGUCCUGAAAUCGAAGAGAUAAUUAUGGAGUCUGAAAACAGGGGGUUGGAACCUGAUGUGCUUCCAAGUUUGAAGACACUAGUACUUCUUGAUCUUCCAAAAGUAAGAAGCAUUUGGAUUAAUGACUCAAUAAAGUGGUCAUCUUUGAAGAAGAUUGAGAUAUCUAUGUGUCAGUUAUUGAAAAAAUUGCCCUUCAACAAUAAGAAUGCAAUCAAUUUGGAAUGUAUUGAAGUCCAACAAUCAUGGUGGGAUGCAUUGGAAUGGAAAGAAGAAGCCAUUGAAGAAAGACUACGAUCUAUGUGCAGCUUCAACUAGUGGUUUUGGCUUUCAUCCUUCUCGACAGCCCUUCAUUUGUGUAAGCUGGUGGCAAGAACGUUUGCUUCAUUAAUUUCCAGUUUGUAAGAUUUAAGACCCCUGUGUUCUUUUCUUUUUAAAGACAACAUAUGAUGCAGAGUCUAAAAUGCCUUUUAUCUUGAUCUAUGUGAUUGUAUAAUAUUUGUAAUUGCAGGAUUUUGAGUGUUUGAAAUCUUAACUUACCAGUAUUUAUGAUUGUUGCCCCAAUCUUGGAUCAUUA